AUGGUCUACACCACUCCAACUCUGUUACCCCAUGUCUCUCAAAAACAUGUCGUGCUCUCGGAGAUAUUGGCAGUAACGUCGGUGAUGCGCAAAAACUCACGAUGGGCUUCGUCUGUAUACACAUUGACUGCUAGAGACUCCGCCCUCGCUAAGGAUCUCGGACUUCGCAGAUUCAGUCCUACGCCGGAGUUUCAGCGUUCGGGGAGAUAUAACCAAGAGGCAGACCUUAUGGCGGGCUUCCAAGAGGUCAAGCGGAUGAUUCGAGACGUGGAUGACCUUCUCUCGCUACCCUUGCCAUCACUUCUGGCUCCAUUCUUCGCGCUAAUUCGCUCACCUUUGUCGACUGGGCCUAUAACGUCUGCUGCUCUCUCCGCCCUCCAUAGCUUCUUUGUCUGUGGACUGAUUUCGGCAAAUUCGCUCAUGCUUGACGUUGCCCUCGUCGAACUCAGCAGCACAGUAUCCCACUGUAAAUUCGAAGCUAGCGACUCGUCUGGCGAUGAAGUGGUGUUAUUGAAGAUUAUGGCUGUCAUUCAUGACUGCAUGUGUGGGACCAGCAUAGGAACGCUAUUGGGAGACGUCGAAGUAUGUGAGAUGCUGGAGACCGUGUUAACUACUUGUUGUCAGAUGAGGCUUAGUGAAACGCUCCGAAGAUCCGCUGAAUCGACGAUGCAUUCGCUUGUGCGGACUAUUUUCUCGCGCCUUCAUGAUCUCGACCCUACAGCGGAAGAGGCAAAAUUGUUGGCAACCGAUGAAGACACCCAAGAAAGCGAAAUUCGAAUGUCUGUGUCGGCCAAUAUCACCAAUGACGCCAUAGAAGCUACUGUAGUACCUGCUAAUGCCAUAGAAGAUAAUCCAUCACCCUCGGGAGACGUAAACGAGAGUCCUCCAAUAACGCAGGAUAGCCCUACUGUACCCAAUAGACCCUAUGGCCUUCCUGCAAUUUUAGAACUGUUGCGUGUACUCGUCAAUAUAUUGGAUCCUAGCGACCAAGUUCAUACGGAUUCUACUCGACUUACGGCACUGGGCAUACUCAACGCGGCUAUAGAAGUUUCUGGCACAAAGAUAGGAGAGUACCCGUCCCUCGAAGCACUGAUAUUGGAUCCUGGGUGCAAGUAUCUCUUUCAACUGGCGCGAUCCGACAAUCCAUCUGUACUACAGUGUGCUCUUCGCACCAUCUCUGUUAUCUUCGAGGCGUUGAGGGCGCAUCUCAAGCUACAGCAGGAAUUGUUUUUAGCCUUUACUAUUGAUCGCCUAGCUCCGCCUCCACCUCCCAAAUCCCAAAAUACCAUAGGUCCUAGUAAGAAAGGCAACCCUGCUUCGCCACGCCCAGGCACUCCUGCUGCUUCUACCCCAGUGCUUGGUCCCGUUGAUGUUGAGCUAGACUUGGACAAAGGGAGUCCUGUGCCAUCACGACCCCCAGUAGCACCUGCUCGGGGAGAAACUCGACAUCUUAUGCUGGAGACUCUCAGUCAGAUUGCGCGCCAUCCAGACUUCAUGGUCAAUCUUUAUAUUAACUACGACUGCGACAUAAACUGUGAAAAUUUGUAUGAACGUCUUGUCGAGUUCUUGAGCAAGGGUGUUUAUCCUUGGCACUCAUCACCUGGUUCCGAGUCGCAGCAACUAUAUUCCCAGUAUCUGUGCUUGGAUUUACUGCUCGCCUUUGUCAAUGACAUGACAGCACGUGCCGAGGGUAAUUUCGUUUCGCCUGAAGAAUUACUUCAGAGCAAAUCUACCAAAAAGCUGGUUUUGACAGGAGCUGCUCGUUUUAACUCGAAACCGAAAGUCGGCCUUGCAUUCCUGGAGGAAAAUAAACUUAUAUAUGCAGAUGUAUCUCCGGAAGUAUCGAAGGCACAUAGUUUAGCAGUGUUUUUGAAAAACUGCACCCGCUUAGACAAACGUUUGCUUGGAGAUUACUUAUCAAAACCAGAUAACCUUGAAUUACUGAAAGAAUUCAUCGGACUGUUUAAUUUCCACGAUAAACCCGUUGCUGAUGCUAUGCGAGAGUUGCUGGAAGCUUUCAGACUUCCGGGGGAAGCACAACAAAUUGCUCGAAUCACAGAGACAUUUGCGGCGAAGUAUUUUGCAUCAAAGCCUGCCGAGAUAAAAAGUGAAGAUUCGGUGUAUGUGUUGGCUUAUUCAAUCAUUUUGUUGAAUACAGACCUCCAUAACCCACAAAUUCGAAAACGAAUGUCGAUCGAAGACUAUCAAAGAAAUCUGAGAGGUGUCAACGAUGGUUCAGAUUUCUCGCCAGAAUUCUUGCAAAACAUAUAUGACUCUAUUCGCAAACGCGAAAUUAUCAUGCCAGAAGAGCAUACAGGGCAGCUGGGCUUUGAAUACGCUUGGAAAGAACUACUCACCCGUUCACGACAGUCUGGACCAUUCAUGAUGUGCAAUACACCAAUUUUCGAUCUUGAUAUGUUCAAAUUUGCAUGGAAACCUCUCAUUUCUGCCAUUGCGUAUGCUUUCAUCAGUUUUGAUGAUGAUUACGUGAUACAGCGAGCAAUAUCUGGGUUUCGACAAUGCGCAACUUUGGCUGGUCACUUCCGUCUUCCGGAUGUGUUCGAUUUUGUCGUGAUAUCGCUCUCUCAAGCCACUAGUCUCCUCUCGGAUAACCUGCCGGCUCAUGUGCCGAACUAUCCUAUAGUUGAGGUAGAAGGACAAUCCGUCACUGUCUCUUCUUUGUCGGUGAAGUUUGGAACGAAUUUCAAAGGACAAUUGGCUGCUGUUGUUCUCUUCAAUAUAGUGAACGGUAAUGGCAACGCAUUGCGGGAAGGUUGGACACAGAUAUUUGAAAUGUUCCAGAAUCUCUUCAUGCACUCCCUGUUACCUACGAGGAUGUUGCAAAUGGAAGAUUUCCUUGGUGGUGUCUCCAUGAUUCCGCUGCGAGGAAGUCAGCCAUCUCGGUCUGCACCUAGAAGUGAUGGAGGACUUCUGUCAACCUUAUCAUCUUAUCUCAUGACGCCUUAUGGUGCAAGCUCAGAUAGCCUUGUCCCGUCAGCAACGGAUGCGGAUAUAGAAAAUACCCUGUGUACCAUUGACUGUAUUACGUCUUGUCGCUUGGACGAACUAUAUGGCCAGAUUACGCAACUUGAUCUAGAAGCUUUAGUAGCAGCUGUCCGUGCCCUAGAAGCGCUUGCGCAUGAGCGAACAAUUGCUAAAUUGAAACAAGGAUCUGAUGACAUCUCAGCCUCGUUCAACACCUCUCUUGCGGACGAUGGUUCAUAUAUUCUCCCUUACGAUCCCGCUUCAGUUUUUCUUUUGGAAACUAUGGUUAGCAUUGCAUGUCAGACUUCGCAAUAUAUCGAAGACCUAUGGCCAGUGCUCUUUGAACAUCUUUCAGCUUUGCUUGGCGCAUCAACGCAUUAUAGUGUCCUGCUUAUUGAACGCGCCGUCGUGGGACUUCUACGUUUAUGCCUUAUCUUGGCAACAAAGGUUUCACUACGUGACCAAAUAUAUGUUUCAUUCGACCUGUUAGCGGGUUUGCCAUCUAUUGUAGCAAAUUCCGUCGCAGAACAAGUUGUAUCUGGAGUGAGCUUGAUAAUUCAGAAACAUUCUGAUAUCGUAAGCUCACAUACAGAGUGGAAUCUUGUCUUCGCACUCCUUCGCUCGACGAUAUCACACCCAGAGGCUGUCCGAUCUUCAUUUGACCUUGCUGUCAGCUUUGUUUCGGAAAAGCCGACGCAAUAUGUGACGAUGGAUAGUUUCACUGGUCUUGUUACUCUACUGGAUGAUUUCGCCAGUGCUGCUGGUGUUUCGGUAGAUGGUCAACGUCAGAGAGGAAGGCGGUCCGCACCCCAAGCUUCUGCGAGUUCACCACUUGUCGAACGAGGCAGGAAAGCCAUCGAUUUGAUAUUUGAGUUGAAGAAGUUCAUCCCAAUAUUUUCGGAAUCCUCUAACCUUGAGAGAAAACAAGUAUGGCGGCAAUUCUGUCUCCCCUUGGUAUCAUCCCUUAGCCGCCAGUCAACAAAUGCUUGCCGUUUGGUUCGUCAUACUGCCAUCAGCCAACUUCAACGAAUGCUUUUGGGUUCAUACCUUGUGUAUGAUGAAGGCGAUCACAGUCAAAUUGAAGAAAUUUUCAAUAAUGCUGUUUUCCCCCUUCUAGACGAACUCCUAAAACCCCAAGUACAGCAGCUUGACCCGCAAGGGAUGGCAGAAACUCGGCUUCGGGCUUCUGCUCUGCUCUGCAAAGCUUUCAUGCACUUUGAAGUGCGGGAAACCAACCAGAAGGCGGACAUCAGGAUCGUGUGGAUAGAAAUCCUUGACCUGCUCCACAGACUUAUCAUGGUAGAUAAGAGCGACCAACUAUAUGAAGCAGUUUCCGAGUCGCUCAAGAACGUCGUCCUGGUGAUGAAUGCGGCUAACAUUCUAGUGCCGCCUAAAGCGGAAGACGAUCGGGAUGAGCAGCAGCGCACUCUAUGGACCGCGACACAUGCGAGGAUAGAACGGUUCUUGCCUGGUUUCCUGGCCCAUGUUAUUCCAACUCCCGAACAUAUUAUUCUGAACGAAGAUUGCCGCAUAUACAAUAUUAUUUAUCACGAACGGCAGUCGUUCGGGCUGAGCUACUGUGUAUCUUGA